GGGCGCGGCGGCCGGAGGCGGCGGCGGGCCCGGGCGGAGGAGCCGGGGGGCGCAUGGGGCGCGAGCAGCCGGCAGCGCCCAGCGCCCGGGAGCCCCGCCGCGACCAUGACGGUGGCCGGGGGCCGGCGGGGGCUCGUGGCCCCGCAGAACACGUUCCUGGAGAACAUCGUGCGCCGCUCCAACGACACGAACUUUGUGCUGGGGAAUGCGCAGAUAGUGGACUGGCCCAUCGUGUACAGCAAUGACGGCUUCUGCAAGCUUUCGGGCUACCACCGCGCCGAGGUGAUGCAGAGGAGCAGCGCUUGCAGCUUCAUGUACGGGGAACUGACAGACAAGGACACGGUAGAGAAGGUGCGGCGGACGUUUGAGAACUAUGAGAUGAAUUCCUUCGAGAUCCUCAUGUACAAGAAGAACAGGACCCCUGUGUGGUUCUUUGUGAAAAUUGCCCCGAUUCGCAACGAGCAGGACAAAGUGGUCUUGUUUCUCUGCACGUUCAGUGACAUCACGGCGUUCAAGCAGCCCAUCGAGGAUGACUCGUGCAAAGGCUGGGGGAAGUUCGCACGGCUGACCAGAGCACUGACCAGCAGCCGGGGCGUCCUGCAGCAGCUGGCGCCGAGCGUGCAGCGGGGAGAGAACGUGCACAAACACUCCCGCCUGGCCGAGGUGCUCCAGCUGGGCUCCGACAUCCUCCCCCAGUACAAGCAGGAGGCGCCCAAGACUCCACCCCACAUCAUCCUGCACUACUGCGUGUUCAAGACCACGUGGGACUGGGUCAUCCUCAUCCUCACCUUCUACACGGCCAUCCUGGUCCCUUACAACGUCUCCUUCAAGACCAGGCAGAACAACGUGGCCUGGCUGGUGGUGGACAGCAUCGUGGAUGUCAUCUUCCUGGUGGACAUUGUGCUCAACUUCCACACCACCUUUGUGGGGCCGGCGGGGGAGGUCAUCUCUGACCCCAAGCUCAUCCGCAUGAACUACCUGAAGACGUGGUUUGUCAUCGACCUCCUAUCCUGUCUGCCCUACGAUGUCAUCAAUGCCUUCGAGAAUGUGGACGAGGUUAGUGGCUCUGUGGGUGGCCUCGGGAAGAGUGGCUUUGCUGAGCAGACCCCGACACCCCUGGAGGGGAGAGAAAGCCAGGGCCUCAGCAGCCUGUUCAGUUCCCUGAAGGUGGUGCGGCUGCUCCGGCUGGGCCGAGUGGCCCGGAAGUUGGACCACUACAUUGAGUACGGGGCAGCUGUGCUGGUGCUGCUGGUGUGUGUGUUCGGGCUGGCCGCGCACUGGAUGGCCUGUAUCUGGUACAGCAUCGGCGACUAUGAGAUUUUCGAUGAGGACACCAAGACCAUCCGCAACAACAGCUGGCUCUACCAGCUGGCUCUGGACAUCGGCAGCCCCUACCAGUUCAAUGGGUCGGGCUCAGGGAAGUGGGAAGGUGGGCCCAGCAAGAACUCCGUGUACAUCUCGUCCCUGUACUUCACCAUGACCAGCCUCACAAGCGUGGGCUUCGGCAACAUUGCCCCCUCCACGGACAUCGAGAAGAUCUUCGCCGUGGCCAUCAUGAUGAUCGGCUCCCUCCUGUAUGCCACCAUCUUUGGGAAUGUGACGACCAUCUUUCAGCAGAUGUACGCCAACACCAACCGCUACCACGAGAUGCUCAACAGUGUUCGUGACUUCCUCAAGCUCUACCAGGUGCCCAAGGGCCUGAGUGAGCGCGUCAUGGACUACAUCGUUUCCACCUGGUCCAUGUCCAGGGGCAUUGACACUGAGAAGGUCCUGCAGAUCUGCCCCAAGGACAUGCGGGCAGACAUCUGUGUGCACCUGAACCGCAGGGUGUUCAAGGAGCACCCCGCCUUCCGGCUGGCCAGCGACGGCUGCCUGCGGGCUCUGGCCAUGGAGUUCCAGACCGUGCACUGUGCGCCGGGCGACCUCAUCUACCACGCAGGCGAGAGCAUCGAUAGCCUCUGCUUUGUGGUGUCCGGCUCAUUGGAGGUGAUCCAGGAUGACGAGGUGGUGGCCAUCCUGGGGAAGGGGGAUGUGUUCGGAGAUGUGUUCUGGAAGGAGGCUGCUCUGGCCCAGUCGUGCGCCAAUGUCCGUGCCCUCACCUACUGCGACCUGCAUGUCAUCAAGCGUGAUGCAUUGCAGAAGGUUCUGGAAUUCUACACGGCCUUCUCACACUCCUUCUCCCGAAACCUCGUGCUUACCUACAACCUGCGGAAACGGAUCGUGUUCCGCAAGAUCAGCGAUGUCAAGCGGGAGGAGGAGGAGCGCAGGAAGCGCAAAGACGAGGCGCCCCUGGUGCUGCCCCCCGACCACCCGGUCCGUCGGCUCUUCCAGCGGUUUCGGCAGCAGAAGGAGGCCCGACUAGCUGCCGAGCGGGGGGGUCGCGACCCUGAAGACGUGGACGUGGAGAAGGGCGGGCGCCCGGCCCCAGAGUCCUGUGUGGUGACCGUGCGCGAGAGCCCCGCCACACCUGUGGCCUUGCAGGCUGCCCUGCCGGGGGCCUCUGACCAGGCCCGGCUGCAGGCUCCGGGGGCUGAGGGCCUGGGCCCCAAGGCAGCCGGCAUGGAGGGUGCCAAGCGCCGGGGUUGGGCCCGCUUCCGGGACGCGGCAGGCGGGAGGGUUGAGGACUGGGACAAGGUGUCCAAGGCCGAGUCCAUGGAGACUUUGCGGGAGCGGGGAAAGGCAGCGUGUGAGGCCACGCUGAAGAAGACGGACUCGUGUGACAGUGGCAUCACCAGGAGUGACCUGCGCCUGGACAGUGCGGGUGAGGCCCGCAGCCCGCAAGACCGCAGCCCCGUGCUGCCCGAGGCCAAGCACUCCUUCUACCCCAUCCCCGAGCAGACGCUGCAGGCUGCUGUGCUGGAGGUGAAGCUGGAGCUCAAGGAGGACCUGCAGGCCCUGGGCGCGCAGGUGGCCCGCCUGGAGCAGCAGCUGGGCCAGGUGCUGCGCCUACUGGCUGCCCGCCGGCCCACUCAGUCCCCACAGGAGCUCUUUGAUGUCUCAGGGCCCCCGUCCCCCGCGGUGGCUGCAGAGGAGGACCAGGAUGACUUCAGAGCCAGCUGAGGCUGGGCCAAGCUGGGUGGCGCCCUGCGGGUGUCCAGGGGCUGCGGGCUGGGGAGGACAGUGUCCUGUGGUACCCCUGGGCCUUGAGCUCAGAUCCUGCUGAGCAGAAACUGCCCCGGGUCAGGGAGCUUGGGUAUGUACAGGCAUUGACUCACGUAUGUACAUACGUGUAAAUACUCAUGUACAUACAUGUAUACUCAUGUAUGUGCACACAUGUGCAUUCAUGUAUGUACAGAUGGCUCCUCAGCAGCUCCCCAGGCCCCCAUAUGGCUCAGAUCUCCUCUACACAGACUUUGGGGUGCUGGUGUUCGCCCCUGGGUCCCUUGGGUACUGGGCUCUGUUUGCAAGGCCCCUCCUUUCCUUUGGGCUCAGGGCUCUUGGGGAGAAAAGCAGAAGAAAAGGAGGGAAGGAGGGAGGAAGUAGCUACCCUACAGCCAAGAGGCGGUUAGAUGGGUCCUGAGGUCUGGCCUCACGGAGCCACCCACCUGAGGCCUUUCCCGUGGCAGACCCGUGUCCUAUGGAGCACCUGCCUGACCCUGAGUAUGGGGAGGGGGGAUGCACAGGCUGGUCCUGGUGCCCCGAGGCCAUGAGUUCCAGGCUGCUGAGAAGAAAGUGAGCAGAGGAGGGCCAAGCCGAGCGCAGGCUGCUGCCUGCGGGCUGGGUGUGAGCCAGCCCUGGGCUGCUCCCUCGCUGCUCUGAGCGGGGAAGGUGCCAGGACUGAUGCUGGUGCGGAGCUGCGGGACAAACCUUCGCCAGCCCCUCGGGAGGCCGCUGCUGCCUGCGCCUGUGCCUGCGAGGGUCCUUCUGACUGGCCGGGCCCAGAGCCUGGCAAGAGUCCUCUGCUGUCCCUGUCCUCAGAAACCAGCCAGGCCGCCGUGUGCGCAGCAGCGCCUGCUCGCUGCCGCGGGCCGCAGGACCCAGCUUGGAAGCAAUGUGCUGCACUUUCCGGGCACAGGGGAUGGGGUCCUCAGUGUCGGGAGCCCCCUGGCGGGAUAGGUCGUCAUGUUUGCCCCCUUGGUUGCCCCUUGAGGGGUGAGAGCUGGCUCUGCAACUGGCUUCCCUUCUCAUCCGCACCCUGGGCGGGUGGGGGAGGGGAAGGACCCCCUCUCCUGCCUGCAUACCUCUGUGUCCCCCAGACUGCCUGGGGCGAACCAGAUCACUGGAGAUGUCACAAGAACAGUGCUUCAGCCUCAAGGGCCAUGAGCGGGUCUCCUGUCCCCCUCCUCCCACCGCACAGGGGUCCCUGUGCCACCACCACAGCAGCUGUGGGAGAAAGGUCUCAGCCCUCUAGGCACCCAGUUCUAGCAAAGAAUGUGAAUUUACAGCUUCUAUUUUCCCUCAUGCCCUGGGGGACCCCUGAGUGGCAUUCCCCAUUGCUCCCCCAGCCCCAUCCCUGGGACUCCCCACCCUCCUGCGGGGCCAGCAGUGGGGCCCUGGGCUGGGGGAGCUGCUUCUGCGGGGAGAGCCCCGAGCCGGGCCCCACUGGCUCUGUGAGAACUCCGCCCCGAGCAGCCACCUCUAAGAGCCCCUCCCCCCGGAGCAGCACCCCAAAUGCUGCCGCCACAGCCCAGUGUAUUGAAAGGCAUCAUCUCCACCUUUUUCAACAAGCACAAGGAUAUUUGUAAAACAGAAAAGUCUACUUUUAUUUAUUACAACAAUAAACUAUUUUACACAGA